UGGCGAUUUUUCAAUUUUUGCCCUCCCCCAAAAAAUGAUACAAUGAAGUUGACUCGCGACGUAAUAAUAUCUUUGCUGAAUCUUUCACUAUGUGUUCACUUGUCUCAAUCUACCGUGAUGGAAAAAUUGAAGGAAGCUCUGCCGACGGUAAAAGAAGUUUACGACGAUGCCCAGGUAAUCGGUGAACAGUUGGGAAAAGCUCUGGACGUGGCUUACGAAAAAAUCGAGACAGGCCUCAACGAUUCCUCUCUCGGAUGGAAAACACCAGAAUUGAUAAGAGAUUCGGGAUACAAUUUCGAAGCUCACGAGGUCACGACCGAGGACGGCUACAUACUGACGCUGCACAGAAUUCCCGGCCCUCCCAACGCGCCCAUCGUCUUCCUGCAGCACGGAAUCACCGAGAGCUCGUCUUGCUGGGUACUGUCCGGCAAAGGCAACGCCCUGGCCUAUUUGCUUGCCGAUAGAGGGUACGACGUGUGGCUGGGCAAUGCCCGAGGAAACAUCUACUCGCAAGGGCACGUCUCGUUGUCCGUGAACGAUACGAAAUAUUGGCAAUUCAGCUGGCACGAAAUGGGCAUCUACGACAUACCGGCUGUGCUCUCUUACCUGACCAGCAUCCGAAACGACAAAGUCAUCUACAUCGGACACUCGAUGGGCACCACCAUGGCCUACGUCAUGUCGAUCCUGCGACCCGACGCCGCGCAAAACGUCAGCGCCAUUUACAGCCUCGCCCCGGUGGCCUACUGCGGACACGCCAAGAGCCCCGUGCGCUUCGUGACGCCGUUCCUCGACGAGAUCGAGCUGAUCAGCGAUUACCUGGCCCACGGCGAGUUCGUACCUCGUAACAAACUAGCCAAGUACGUCGGCAUGUACCUCUGCGAUUGGUUGGGCGUAGCAUUCAAUGGAUUCUGCACCGAUGCUCUGUUCUUCUUGUUUGGAUUCGAUAACAAGAGAUUCAACGACACGCUAACUCCGUCGAUCGUGGCGCACACUUUGGCGGGCUCGUCGAUCAGAGAGCUAACGCACUAUGGUCAGCUGAUAAAAUCUCACAAGUUUGAGCAAUUCGAUUGGGGCAAAGAAGAAAACAAAAGAAUUUACGGAGACGACGAUCCACCGGAGUACGAUUUAUCGAAAGUCAACGUGCCGGUAGCUCUGUUUUGGGCAAGAAACGAUUGGUUGGCCGAUACAAGGGACGUGCGAAGGCUGCGAAGAGAACUGCCCCGCGUUAUUGCGGAUCAUCCUAUCAACUACAACAAAUUCAAUCACAUAGACUUUUUAUGGGGCUUGGAUGCAAAAAAACUCGUUUACUCUCCUCUGAUUCAACUAAUCGAAAGUUUUUCCCUGGGAAGAAGAUCGUCCAGGAGACCCAGGGGAUAAAAAGUGCUAUUCUUUUAGCGAUUUACCUUUCAUGGCAGUUUGAUGCCUCAUAACCAUGAAAUCAAUGAAGAUUGUAUUCCUUUUGGUAGCAUUGGCUGCAUGUGCUAGUGCAUCGCCAGCAGGCGCCACAACCAAACAAGACGAUGAUGAAAACACCCGAAGGAUACCAUAUCAUCCACCCACAAAUGAAGAAAUCAUUAUUGGCAUGUUAACCGACAUGGAGUCCAAGGUAAAAUCGACCCUCAUAGUCGCGUCGAUCGCCUUGACGUUCACCAUCCUCACGAUGAUCGGCCUCUACAGAUACAGUAGAAGACAGACCUAACUUUAAGUUCAAACAUUGAUACUCAACUUACUCUCUUUAAAAAAAGGAUGGUCUGAGCGUAUCAUACAAAUAAAUGUGUUGUGAUAGUGCAUUGAAUUUGUGUAGAUGGCGUAGGAUGCAUGGACCACGAGUUCGUAAAUUCCUGAUAGCGCUAGCGCGAGUA